CUUAAGUUAGGAGAGGCGUAAUGUUUUAUUUUAAUCCAAGUUAAGAGGUUUUUAAAGUUUUCUGUUUGUUUGUUUGUUUUGCUUUGUUGUUGAAGUUUUAUUGCAAGUGUGCUCUUAUCCCUGUUGAUUUGGACUGCUUUAAUGUUUUCUCUGGGCAUCUCUCUCUGGCAUGAUGUUAAAUAUUUCUUUCCUUCUAUAUUUUCCCAGAACAAUGUCAGUUUUCUGAGUUUCUGUAAGAUAACAUGACCUGUAGGACUCACAGAUGCAGGAAGUUGCCAGCAGUCUUGUCUAGACCAACAGAGAAUUUUCAGAACUGGACAUCUGGGUUUUCUGAGAGUUGCCUUUUAGAUGUCUUUCUGAGCCAUCUCUUCACUACCACCUGGUUUUACGUCUUUCUUUUCUACAUUCACUUUGCAUUUCCCCUUUUCACUCUUCAUCCCCUCCUUACCUCUCCUCUCUUCUCAUCAGCUGUCAUUUUAUUUGAUUUUAUUUUCUUGAAGCCCGUGCUAGAGAAUCUUGGCACUCCACAUUUUUGUGCAGAGUUUCAGAGAGUGAGUGGAAUGGCUGACAGGUGGCCUUGGCUUCAAGUUUGUGCAAGUAUUUGUCCUACACCGUGUACUGGAACGCACAACUCCUUUAUAAGAGCACUUAAUGCUCUCUGAUGCUGUUAUGUGCAGUGUGAAUUUCCAUUUAACAUGGAACCUAGAGUGUGUUGCUUAAAACCUGAAUAACCAUGCAUGCAUUUCUAAUAAGUCAAAGCGUUGCUUUGCUUGGCAAGCCCAUAUUUUGAGAAGGGUUUUGUUUGGGGGACUUAGAAAGUAGUCAUGAAUUUCUAUUAUGAGUCUAAGCAAAUUUACUUCUGACACCACUGACCUCAGUAGAACUCUGUGAUGCAAAACUGGAAGGAUACGAGGGUGACUCAGCCCCAUUGUUCCUGUGUAUACAUCUCAAUAAUUGCUUCUGUGGACUUUUUGCAAUGCAUAGACGGCUUAUUAACAAUGCAGGCAACUACCUCUCCCUCAGCAAACGCUUUCCUUCCACCCUUCCUUUGGUGGUAUUCUCAUGGGGAAAUGUGAGGACAACAAUGAACUCCACUUACUUUCCUCUGUUGACGUAUCUGAAGUGGAGCAAUAAUCUGUUUUUCCACUACACCCCUCCGUUGUACUGUCUUUGCUGAGGCUUUUAGCCAUAGUUAGGUUGGGACUUGUCAUAUUCUUACUGACCUCCCACAGAGAGAGUCAGGGUAAGGAAAGAAAUCUCUGGAUUUCCCAAGUCAUGAUGUAUGAUAUGAGUCUGUUUCGACACUGUUUCCCUUGCAAGCUGUUUUCUCUAAAAUCUGUUAUCAGUUGUGUGCAAAUAACACUGAGCAAAAUCGAGAGUCAUAAAUUCCUUGGCAGAUGCUUUUAUCUGCUGUCACAUUUUGAUGCUUUCCGUUCACCUGUUUUGAUAGUUGCUAAUUAAUCUUUUUAAGUGUUCAAGUUGCAGAAAGGAAAGCAUCGUUCUCAGUCAGGAUUGUUUUUCUUCCAGUCUGGAGGAAAGAACAAUGAAGAAAAUAAAGAAUGUUUUCUGUAAAACCUCCUCUGAAUAAACAGUUCAAUAAAACAAGGGUCUCUGAUCACGUAUUAGUGUUCAUGCACAAUUCAUUCCUGUGCAGAGAAAUGGCAGUAUUAAGGAAUAAUCUAAAUAGUCAUGGAGUCUUCCCACUGGUGAUAAAGUUGAGUCACAUUCGUCCCAGAUAAAGCACAGUGCUUAGUCAUGAAAUAGCCAUUUGCUCAAGGUUCCCAAAGAAAAGGGAUCUAGUCUUUUGAUCCAUACCUCUGGAGGCUUUCACUGGAAACAGCGAAAAAUUAUCAAGGACAGAGAAAAUAAAAUAAGGUGCUUCUAAGGGAAUGUGUAAAAUAUGCUCUCAUAGCAGAAAAAGGAAGAAAGAGAUAGGCAGGUUUCUGAAGGCAGCCAGGAAGGAAGUCCAGAAGGGGGGGGGGGGGGGGGGGGGGAAACACAGAAAAAUGAAAGUAGACUAUGAGCCACAAGCUGUAAACUACACACAAUGGUUUUGAAUAAUCUCAAUGCAUCUUGAUUUCAGAACAAAGACUGCAGCAUAGUGAAGAAACUGAAAGCAGAGGCUGUGCAUGGUAUUCUGUUGUUUUCAUUUAGCUGUGUGUAUUUCUUGCAUUACUAGGUAAAGUUUUAGUAUCCUGUGCUGAGUUCCUGUGUGUCCUGAGAAGAAGAACUACGCCUAACAAAUACCCCUCCACGGAGAAGCCAGAAAUGACCAAAUUGAUUUGGUUAUGCAAAAGGGAGAAGUGUAAAAAAUCUUUCAGAGGUCAGCGGAAAAGUUGUGGCUGUGCUCAGAGCCCCACAGCCAUAUUGUAAGGAAGGGUAUUAGAUAUGAGCUCCACCUCAGCAAUAUGUGUGUGAAAUGCCUCAAAAAAGUCUUCUAGAAAAUCUUCCAGUCCCAGCAAGCUGAUAGCAUGAAAACCUCCGUCUGAUGAGCCAUACAGGAGGUCCCAGCACUCAGAGGUCAAGAAGAUCAUUAUGUUGAUGUGGGGUAAUUGAAUCGAUAAAUCUAGUACUAGGGAUGAACCUUUUCUCAUUUCUGAUCUGGGAUAAAACUGAGGAAUCUUUAAAUUGCCUGGACUAUGGUGGAAGCAAUACUGAUUGAUCUGUUCAGCCUACCAACCGUCUUGCAGAACAACAUCCAAGGACUGCUAUGUAACACGCUGGAAACUAUUGAGAAGUGCUCUUCCAUCCCUGCGCCGUUUGUUUAUGUCAUGUGCUGCCAGGUGCAGGGCAGUGAAUGGAAGGGUGAGCAAGAUUCCUUGCUUCCAGCUCUGAGAGACUUCCAGAGUCUGAAGAAAAGACUCGAGGUGGUACGUGCUCUGACUACAGCUGCUGCGUUGUACACCAUCAAACAAAGACUUGAUGAAAAGGACAUAAGCAUCAUUAAAAUUAUUCUUCCUACCUUAAGGAAAGAAUUAAUGAAAGUAUAUAUAGAUCAUCUCUUUACUCCAGUCUACCAGUUUGAAUUUGAGGAUUUACAGGUGUCAUCUGAUUGUAAUAACCUACAGAUAACUGAAUCUCAGAGUGAAGGGCAAACACUUUCCACACAGGACGUGGCAUUCAUCCAAAGUGAAAUUCAGAUGUACUUGGAAAGCCUGCCAAGUCUGAAAGGGGAGCUCACUAUUCUCAAAUCUUCCCUGAUACCAGAUGAUAUCUUCCUCCAUGGAUUCACCACAAGGACAGGUGGGAUCUCCUACAUACCAGCUCUAAGCUCCUGCAAUCUCUUCAGCAGUUCUAAGCGGAGGGACCCACAAGUUGUUGUUAAAGAAAAUCUCCGCAGGCUGGCUAAUGCUGCAGGAUUUAACCCAGAGACUUUUCACAAAGUCAAGACUGAUCAUGCUAAUGCUGUGUGUAUUAUGGGAAAGACAGAGCCUGACAGCUAUGAUGGAAUAGUUACGGAUCAGAAAGGUGUUACAAUAGCAGCUCCAGGAGCCGAUUGCAUACCUGUGCUGUUUGCUGAUCCGGUCAGAAAAGCCUGCGGUGCUGCUCAUUCUGGAUGGAAAGGCACGUUGUUAGGAGUUUCUAUGGCCACAGUAAAUGCAAUGGUAUCUGAAUAUGGCUGUAAUGUGAAAGACAUCCUUGUGGUCCUGGGCCCUUCUGUAGGACCUUGCUGCUAUAAACUUCCUCACGAAUCAGCUAAAGAGUUUCACAGAAUUGAUCCAAAGUGUGUGAGACACUUUGACUCUGCAACUCCGUAUAUUGAUAUUAGAAGAGCAACACGGAUUCUUCUUGAGAGUGGUGGGAUUCUUCCUGAGAACAUCCAAGACGAUUCUGUCACAGACCAGAACCAAAAUAUCACAUUCUGUACUGCAUGCCACCCUGAUAAAUUUUAUUCUCACUUCCGUGAUGGCACUAACUUCGGCACACAAAUUGGCUUCAUAUCAAUCAAAGACUGAGAUAGUAUCUAUCUCUUGCUUUGGAGUAGUAUUUAGACAAUAAGUCUGGUGCUGGUGCAUUGACUGUUAUCCUGCUCUCCUGGUAGAUUUUUUUCCUUCUUUGUUUCAUGAACUUGUGAUGGAAAGAGUACACAGGCCUUAAGAUUCUCCUGCUUCUUCCAUUCCCUGUCAUUCUGAGGCAAGAAGAGAUGUCUAAGAUAUGGAUCCCAGCUUGUGUGAGCCAGGUUCCAAAGAAAACAAAGACAACUCAUAACAGUAAUGAAACACUUCUGCAAAGCCAGAUGCAAGAUCCCAUUUUCUUGCCUUUUUGACCAAAUACAUCCCAUAAACCUCACUGGUGGUGAAAGCACAAAACAACAAACAAAAACAGUAAUAUUUUUUUUUUUUAAAAAAAAAGUCUUCAUUACUUUCUGGAUGAGUCUUCUGAGUGAAGUUAAGGCUGACAUUACUAAUUAAGGAAAGGAAACCUGUACUGCACAUUAACAAUUUGAGUACACCCAUCAGUGUAUGUUUCAGCUGAAGUUCAGCCUUAAAAAAUGAUGUUCCUCGGACUGUUUUUGUUUAGAUUAGCUUGAAAAAGAGCUUCAAAGCACUUACAAAAAUAACUUGAAAGUGAGAAGCAAGCAAGGUCCUUUGGGGCAGACAUUGUAAACAUAUGAAUGUUAACUUAAGCAUUUUUGAUUGUAAAAAAAAAAAAAAUAAAACUAAGACUCAAUAUAA